AUGACGAGCCAAUUUCUGUAUUUCAGUUCUCCGGAGAUCUACAUCGAUAAACGGGAGGUUAUCGACUAUGUCUGGAUGUAUUUCAACAUUGCCACCUUCUGGUGUACCACUUGGCUCAGUAUUUUUUACUGUGUGAGGGUCGCCAACUUCAUCCAUCCCCUCUUCCUGUGGCUCAAGCUUAGAAUCAAUAUGCUCGUGCCCAGACUGCUUGGAAUGUCACUCAUACCUUUCAUGGUCUUCACUGUUUCCAUAAUUGUGAGUUGUUUGGGAAAUAAAAAACACUACAGUCUGUCAGGAAAUCUGCCAGGGAAUACCAGCCAAAGUGAGGCUUGCGACUACAGCCUAACUAUAGUUCAACGCCUGCAACUUGCUUUCAGUGCCAUCAAUGUCAGCAUCUGUUUAACUGCAUCAAUCCUUUUGCUCGUCUCUUUGUGGAGACACACCAGGCAUCUGAAAAAGAAUAGCAUUGGAAUUAAGGACUUCAACACUCAGGCCCAUUUCAAUGUUAUCACAUCUUUGCUGUUCUUUCUCUUCUUCUACAUUCUAUAUUUUGCUGUUAUGGUGCUGUCCAUUAUGAAUUUAUUGGAGUUCGGAAACCUUGAGCGAUUGGUUGGUGAUAUUGCACUGUCUUCGUUGCCUUCUGCACACUCCAUAAUCUUAAUACUAACCAAUCCCAAACUGAAAGAAGUGUGCACACGAAUUCCAAACAUCAGACGAAGAUCUUCAUAA